ACGAUCAGGCCAUCUUGUGUACAGUGAUAACAGUGCGUUGGCCACCCAACAGGAAAAUGAAAACAUGUAGCUAAAAAUAAUAUGAAGACGUAUAAAGACGGUGGUUCUCUUUUAAUUUAGAGGUUCCUCUGUGAACGCUGCUGUGCCAUCGGUCAGCCACCCAGAAAGAUGCCACAGACAGUGCUGGGAUCCAUUUUCUGUCUGCUCUGCAUCGGGGCUUGUGCGGUGCAGGGGAAGGAGUUCUGUUUCGGGGUGAACAAUGAGCAGUACCGCUGUGAGAUGGGCUACUGCUGUGGAGAGACUGAGUGCUGCACGUACUACUACGAGCUGUGGUGUAUGUCAUCUCACUGCCCCGGGUUCUGGCUCGUGUGGACGCUGAUCAUCAUGCUGAGCUGCUGCUGCGCGUACCGACAUCGCCGCGUCAAGAUGCGCCUGCAGCAGGAGCAGCGCCAGCGGGAGAUCAGCCUCAUGGCCUACCAGGGGGCCUCCAGCUCCUUCGUCGCCCCUCCGCCCCUUAACCUGCGAUUCUGGACGGACUGUAAACUCCCAGCUUAUGAAGAGGUGGCUGGCCACCCGCCCACUCCACCUCCCCCUUACUCUGAGGCCUCCCCUGCUGGCACCCCGGUCCCUGGCCUCAUCCUGCUGCCGGCGGGCCAGUUGCAGUCCACAGUGGUGGUGGAGCCUAUAAGACACGUUCUGGGGGAGCCCGCGCUGCCGGUCCAGGAACACGAUCGGGAUUCGGUGGCGGCCACCCCCCAGUCGGUGCGGGCCAGCCCGCGUCUGUCCGAGAGCGGAGGAGGCAGGUGUGACCCCCCCCCCCAGCCAGGGUCCCACCUCCCUCCGCCUGGGGAAGAGGCGGGGAUGACGUACGCGCCCGGAGACCAGGAGGACUGUGGGACGCGCCGGAGACACGUGACGGGAGACUCCGGGAUCGAGGUGUGCGUGUGCCAACUGGAUGUGGACGAAGACUUCGUGUCCGAGGGGGAGGAGGUGGAGUCCGGCCGGCUGUGUCAGGGAGCCUCGGGGGACUGCUGCUCUGAGAGAAGCACAGACAGACAGAAGGAUCAUCUGGACAGCAGCAGCGGAGUGCAGAUCAGCGACACUGGAGUGGACAACAGCAGCGGCCUGGUCUGAAAACCCCCUCCACUGGCUCCGUAUUUUAAACCCCCAGAUGUCAGCUGAGCUUGGGUUGUUAUUAUUAUUGUUAUUCCUUCUUAUGGUAUGGAUAUCGCAGUGCCACUUUUUUAAUUCAUAACUAUAACAUAUCAAAGUGGUCAUACCAGAGGCAAUAACUAUUUAAAUUCUACCCAAUAACAAUAAUAAUAACAUUUUGUUUUUCUGGCCAAGUGGUUGAAAACGCAGUGGUAUUGCUAUCAUUUAUCCCCGUUAUUAGGAGACAAAUCCUCUGCACGCCCGUUCUUGUUGGAGGCCCGGAGGGUCCCUGUGUGGACCCAGACUGGGUGAUCUCACAGAGACACUGAGGUGGGGGCUCCUGAGUGGCUCUGCCUAAAUUAACCCUCCCACACACACAAUUGUAGCCAUUUUAAUGGUUUAUAUUUACUGAAGGUACGUCUAACACAUUUCACUUCCCUUCUAAGCUAUGCUUGGUUCCAUUCAAAUGCUUUGGCGGGGUGGGGGGGGGUUGGUUUUGCGUUAUCAGAGUUGUUGUUUUAGAUAGUCCCUGGGGUCCUUGCUUGUGCCUGUUGAUGGUGUUCGGUGGUGCAGAGUUGAAAGGGGACACAGCUGAGAACCCUUUUGGGCUGGAGGGUCCUUGAUUCAUAAGUUUAAAAAAAAAAGAUAAUCCUUUCAUGCUUCUUGGUCCUUCUUCCUCUUUAUUCUGUACAUUUUUUUUAUCAUUUGAUCUGAAUAUCACAUGAUCUAAGAUCUGCAGGGCGUUUGGAUGGAAGGAGAGGGGCCUGUGUGUGUCAAGGAGCCCUGUUUUAGUAUAUUUUCAAGACUGAAGAAUUCCAACACAGAGGUGGGUGGAAUUGAACGAUGUAGGACUGUAGUUGAUGAACAGAGUGGAUUCGUGAACUCCAGUAACUUUUUGUAACUUUAUUUUAAAAUAAUCUUUAUUGCUUUAAACGAAAAAUCUGUCUCGCAAAGUCCCGCGGGUGGGCUGCUCGAAGAAGGCAUGCCUCCCCCUGUAGUGGCGUUUUCAGAGCAGGUUGCUGAUUUCUUUGAUGUGUUUUGUGUUUCUGAAGCCACCUUUCAUCCUGAUUUCGUCUCAAGGCGUGAAGUGUGGUAGUUACUGUGUAACUGGCGUUUCUUUUUGGGACUCCGAAUGGCUGACCACAAGCUUGAGACAGUUUUUAGAGAGUGUUUUAGGUGGGUGGAUUUUUUUAACCGCACGUCCAUGUUGUAUAGUUUUCUUUGCUGGAUCUCUGUAACACAAAUAAGGAAAGUCACUCUCUUCCACAUUAAGUGCGGGUAGGAAAGCUUUAUUUUGGACAUUAUUAUUAUUUUGUGUUCCAUAUUUUGAAAUAAAAGCUUUAAUUUGAUUUUUUUGGUAAAGAAGAAGCUGCCAUUUAUUUAUGUAAUGUGAAAUAAUAGUUAGAACGGAAACAAACAUGCUUUCCAUUCAUUAAAUCUAGACAGGUAAAAUUGGUGUAGUUACCAGCAGUGUGGUAUGAUAACAAAAAGUGUACAGUAGGGAUGUCAAAUAACAGUCUUAAUUCCAUCUGAAUUAUUGUUGAAUUAUUUCAGCACUAGGACAUAGUUUUAUCAUAUUCUCCAUGGGCCUUGUGCAGUCAGUGAUUUAACAAGCACAAUUUAUUCAGGUAAGAGUUUCCUGUACAGCAUUUUGGGACAAGGAAACAAGUAAUCAAAAUAUUUGAAGCAACAAAAUGCUUUGGGCAGUGACAGUGAAGAAAAUGGGAAGGCACUGCCCCCUUGAGGAGCCGGGUUCGAAAUGUGUGCCCUGUAAACGAAUCCAGGUUUAACAACUGCAUCUGAUGUUAAGAUGUUUUUAUUUUUUACCCCUUAUUAUUUGUGCGUGUAAUUUAGUUUUUUUCAAGCCCCUCUGAACUGGGCUAUAGAAAAGUUAGUGUUGUUCUAAGCUGACAGGGGUCUCAGGUAAACAGUGUUUCAGCUUUUCUGGAGUUGUUAUUUGAAAAUGACCAGGAUUUGGUCUCCUGGCGAGCACUGUUGUUAUGCGAGAAAGGAAGGGAAAGAGCAAGGCUGGGGAACUUUGGGAAAGGGAUUGGAGUCUGUUAUCGCAUUUGAGACCGCGGACUUAGCAUACAGGAACAGAAUAAACCACUGCAAUCGUCACAUCUUGAAGGCAGAUUUUAUUGCUCUGUAUUUUCUAUGCAUGAGCUUGAGUUCAGAAUGAUGAUUGUUGUUUUAGUAUAUUGUUUGAAAAAUUAGCCUUUUGCACUGGUGCUACAACAUGUAUAACCUGUGGCUUAGACCUUAUGUAAAACUGCUUUCUUCUAAACAAAGGAAAGAAGACCUCUGUGCUGUACUAAUCCUGAGGUGUCUUAGGUUUCCAAUAGACAGGAUGUGGAGGACAUCCAUUAAGCGAAUCUUGUGUAGAUUUACUGUGGUGAGCACAAGGUAUAGUGUAGAAUAGCCCGGUUCGGCAUCCUGUUGUUGUGCUGUGAGUUGUGGACAUGUGAUCAAGUGUUGUGUACACCCUGGUGAUACCACAGUGACAUUAGGGAAAAGCAUGGCGACUGUAAUAUUAUUAUUGUGGGAAUAAUAUGGACGGCUUUGGCACCAAGGCAGAGUUUUUUUGUAUUUUGUUGCAUUUAUUUUUUAAAUAAACCAUGCAUUUCUAAGGAAAGAAAAAACGUUGUUCACCUACUCCACCAACACAUUUAUUUCUGCCUUAUUUGUCUGACCUCUGCAUUUUGCUCUUAGAAAAAAGAGUGAUUUUCUGCUGCAAAAGCUGCCUUGUGCUGUCUUUGCGUUACCACGCAUUCAAGCCUACGUGCUCUCACGUUCAAACGACGCCAAAGCCUGCCUUAGCAGAUUGGUCCCAGUUCUUUGUUUACACUCAUAUUGAGGACAAUGCUAAUGAAGAGCUUCCAGAUAACAUAGCAAGUACGAGGGCAUGCUGUUCAGUGUUGGCGCUUGUGCUCCAAUGUCUUGGAACAAGCAUUCUGCCAAUUAGAGAGUGAUGUCACAGUUGACCUGGGAGAGGGUGGCACUGUUGGCGACAAAAAGAUUAUUUUCCUUUAAAGAGUAAAUAUGAUGUCACCCUGUACGUGCGAUGGCUCAAGGGACUGCAGGGUGCUUAUGUUUUUGCUCCUAUCUAUGAAUAAUUAGGACCCUGACAGAAAGCAGUCUGUAUGUAAGUUUUCUUUAGUUAAGCAAUUUGCAUAACAGAGAACCAGAACCGUAGGGAAUCAACACUGGCCUUCAAGAACCAUUCGUCUAACCCCUCUGCCCCCGCAGAGUGGAAUGCUCGGCCUCUCUUUGGAACUCUGUUAUGGACUUUUUGCAAUUGCAAUGUUAAUGCAUCAGCAGUGUUGAAACUGUGCUUUUUUUUUCUAGGGAGGAAGAAGUGCUUUAACAUUUCUGUCAUUCAGAGACCACUUGCAAAUGAAACGAUGGACUCUUUGUGCAUUAAUUGAAAAAGGGUCUUAAUACUCUGCUGCUGUCAAACGUCCUGUUUCCAGUGCGUGUUUGGCUUAAGAAGGAGAAAAUAGAGAAACUCUGAGUCCUUAUACUUAGAGCGAGAGUGUUCGGAGCGGAGUCAGUUUCAGCGUGGCUGGAGCCAUCUCUUCUGCUUUGCCUUGUGGUUUCUCUCGCUUUCCCUCCCUCAACACUUGCUGCAUCUCCCAGGUGUCCGAGUCAGUCUCUUAGACACCAUUCAGUACUGCUCAUGUGAUGCUCUCUAAGGACGUGCUUCACCUGUAGGCUUAAGCCAGCUUUACUAAAGAUAAGUAAUAACUCACCUCUUCCUGUCUGGCCUUAAAAUGACUACCUUAAAAAGGGCUAAAUUCAACAUACAUGUACCUAAAAAUGUGUGUACAUACUAUUUUAUUCACCUUAUAUGUUUGUUCAACUGUAUUUUACUAAAUGAAAAUUACAGUCAUGGGAACCGAUUUUAUGGGGUGUGAGCAUGCUAGUCUUUUUUUUUUUAGAUUUGCUGUUUUUAUUUCUUUGUAAUUGGAAUAUCUCAGACUAAUGAGAGAUCUGAGUGUGUAAGUCUGUGUGCAUGUGGAUGUGUACUGUGUCUUUGCCUGCCCCUGCCCCCCCUGUACUCUUUAAAGUGAAUGUUCUCUCUGCAGAAGGUACAAAAUGGAAGCAUAAAAGGUCAUUUUUACAUCUUAUAAAGAAGGCUCAUUUGUUUCCAUAUCAAAGUUUCCUGGGUCAAUCCAAUGUGACGCUUACCUUAUUCAAUCAUAUAUUUCAGGUGUGGAAGCUAACAGUAGUGUCUAGCAGAAAGAGUGUGUUAACACAGCAACAAUGGGCACAUUUGGAAAUAUUAUUUUACUCUUUUUUUAACUGCUUAAAUAAGAGCAUUAAUGACCACUAUUGUAUAAUGCAGUGACAGAUCUUUAAUAGUAUAUCUUUCAUCUGGAAUUUCAAGUGCAUUUUUAUGACCUGGCCUCUCAUGAUGAGGUUGUUUUUUUAUAUUGGCAUCACUUUAGAAAUAUUUGAAGAAAGAUGGAAAGACCACGAUGUCAAUGGAUAUCUUCCAGAGUGUGGUGAUAACAGUAGGAACAACAAUCAGCGAUCAUUGAAUCACCCUUCCUCUGAAUGAGCCAGACCUAGACGUGCUUUAAGCCCCUGGAGUAAUCAGCACCUUUACGAACGUGAAUCCCAUAUCACAGACCAGGUCUUAAAAAAAUGUAAUCCUCUUGUUUCUAGCUUUAGCAAUACUCCUUGAGCCUCAGUGUGGCAGUUUGUUUGGACUGUUCUUACCCACGUCCCUGCUGUCCACCAGGUUCAGGUUUUUAAUCUGAGACAAACUACAGAAUCUCCCUUCACCCUACCUCUCCAAAACUAUCCUACUUCCUUCUGUACCAUUCAAGGCUAUGCAACAACUUUUAUUAGCUGGUACUGUAUAUGCUGCAAUAAACUCUUUGGGCCCUGAUUUCUCUGAGUUGGUAAAAAUCUUAUUCAUGAGUAAGAACAUCCCAGAUAAAACUUGAGGUAAUGUGCAAAAUUACUUUCCAUGUACAGGAAAGGAUCUAAUCCACAUGAUCUUAAAUGGAAAGUGCCAUUAAAUAUACAUUCUUUUGAUCUGUGAAACUGUAGAAAUGGGUAUUUUUUCUCAAAACUGGUUCCACUCAUAAGUACAUAUUUUACCAACUUCUUGCGAAUUGGGGGCUUUGUGUACUGACUUUAUAGUUCUUAUUACAAGCAAUACUAUUCUCAAAACAUAUGCUGUGCUGUACCUGCUGGAGUCUUUGUGCUCUUGGUUUUGUUUAAAUAAAAAUUAAGGUGUUUCUGUUUUUGACUGUAUGCGCUGUAAAUAUUUGUAUACCUCUAUAUGUUUCAUCAAAGCAACAAAAAAAAAAAAGUCACGCAAGUCAUUUUUGUCUUUAAACGUACUUGGUUUUCUUCGGCCCAGGCCGGUUUUGCUUGGGGCAGGCAGGGGCCAGCUUGCUCAGCUGCUGUGGAGAGUGUGAUCAGAGAGGAAGUGGCAGACAGAAGCAGGACUGAGAAGCCAUACUGACUUCUCUGAAUCUCCAGGUCAGACAGUUAAUAUUCAAACACAUUUCGCUUCAUGUGCAGAGUUUUAUUGUCAAUUCAAAGUUAAUUAGAGGGCUCUACUGAAUUUCACUUGUAUGUGGGUUUUGUGGUGCAAACCGUCUUUUGUUCAGAAAGGAUCCUGGAGACAUGAAAAGGUAUAAAUGCCUUUCUCCAUUCCAGAUUCACUUGGAUUAAGACUUUGUGUAUAUAGGAAGUAUGCUUUCAAACAUAUUAAUACUGCAUGGUCCUUGUGAUUGCUAGCUAGGGUUUUAAGUAACCCAGGGCUAGAGCUCACAACUGGAACAAGUUUGACAGAGCAUUGAACACAUUACUGAAGAUUUGUCCAUGAAAGAUUACGAUGAAGAUCUGCUUUUGAUUUGGAGUUUUCACAAUGGUGUGGAUGUAAACAGUAGGAAAUGAUGAAGCUGAGAUUUAAGACAAUAUUAUUAGAAGCUGGUUGAUUCCAAAACUGUCCAUAGACUUGGCUGUCCCAAAUUUGUAUUGUGGUGCAGGUCUAUAGGAGCAGACAGACCUUUAUUGAGCAUCUAUGACUCUUCUAUGUAGGACCUUAAACCUCAGUAAAAAAAUGAAUGCCCUAAUGCCGCACUAUUGAGCAGGUUGUCCUAUAAUUGGACACCUGUUAUUUUUUUUUUACUUUUAUAGAAUUCAGAUUUAAAAUUAAUAAUAUGUUAAAGUCAAAUGUGAGUUUAUAAUGAGCCAUUACAUAUAUACAAUACUAUAACAAAUCUGCAUAGUGGAAAAAAAAUGUAUGAUGUAACAAAACCCAGCAUACAGCAUAUAUCAAGCACAGCCAGUUAAGCAGCACAGCAAGAGCUAAAAGAAGUAAAUGAAAAGAGUUGAGCGAUCUCUUGUGGCUGCUGUCAGGUAGCUCAGUGCAGGUGAUAACACGUUGAAAGACCUAGGAGGAUCUGCAUGCAUGUUCUGAGAGAGAUUUGAGGAGGUGCUGGAAGGUGAUUAUAGAGCUCAGAGGCAGACCUGAUGUUUGACAAGUAGCUGGUUUUCUUGCAGUUGUGGUACAGUAAGUGAUGCACAGCUCCAUUCUUCUGGAGCAGCAAGUGGAGCCUCCUGGUUUUCAUAUCCAGCUGAGCUAUGGCUUAUCUGACCUGAUAUUAUUUAGGCCUAGGCAUGUGUAGUAUCCCGUGUUCAGUAGCUAAAGGUACCUGGAUUUCUUUUAAAAUAAAGAGAGUAAAAGUGGAUUGAAGCUUCUCUGCCAGAUGACUCCACAGGAUCCAUUUCUCCCCACAGCAGUGCAGGCUUGCUGACUGAUGAUCACAGUGGUGGACAACAGGUGUAAAACUUUUCAGAGCCCUGCAGGCGGUCUUCAAAACACACUCAGUUUCACUCAGUUCAGCUGCGUAUUUUUAUGAUUGCUUUUAUUCAAUCCAUCUUCAUGGAUAACUUGUGUGUGUGUGGAUCUGCAGCUUUGGCCACAAAUACAGUUUUGGAAAGGGGUGCACAAAAGUCUGUCCACGGCUGUAUAUUUUAUUUUCUUAUUGUAGUCUUCUUUUUGUUACCCAGUUCAAGCAAAAAAAAAAAAAGACAUGUAGCUGAUGCCAUUUCUACUGUAUGCCAAGGAAUUCUCUUUGUUCUUGGGUUACUGUUUAUAUAAAACAAAUAAAUACUCAGCCCUUCAGUCUGA